CCAGCCGCUCCUUUCCCCGCCAGCCUUGGCUGUAUAUACCGUACGCCAUCCACACUAGCAGUCCGCACUUCUUCCUCACUGCGAUCGGCUGAUCCAGUCGUUGGGGGCGUCCCUUUCCUCCCUCCAUGGAUUACAACGACCAACGCCCACCCCGCUCCGCUCGGCCUCUCAUGAGCCCGCAGCAGUUUCAAGACCAGCAAAACUAUGGCUAUGCGCAAAUGAAUCCACAAAUGGCUUAUCCCGCCCGGCAGCCUACUAUGAGCCCAGAUUCAGCCGCUCGGCAGCAGCACAACAUUUCCUUCCAAGACACAGAGCGCGGCGAGCGCACAGAGCACGUCAACAGCCAAAGGCAGCGUACCAUGCCUUCGGCUUACUCAAAUCCGCGCUCCCCAACAUGGGCCGACGCGGAGGCGGGCGGAUACAUAGAAGAUGGAGCAAAUGUUGGCAGGAAGAAGAGUCUCGUUAGGCCAGAUAGAGAAAGAAUCGAGCCUGGCCACAGACAGUGGCAUUACCGUUCCCAUGCUGCUCAGAUGGAGGAGGAGGGAACAGGGAGAGUUGGUGUCGCGCCCUCGACCACUGGUAAUGUUCCCCAGCGUGCCGGAACCCAGCGUGCCGGAACCCAGCGUGCCGGAAACCUCCGCCGAGGUAAAUCUCUUCUGGCGAGAGAGGAAGACGUCCAAGAAUCUGGUCUGUCUCUGUUCAAGCGGGGCACGACACUCAGACGGAAGCGCCAGCCUUCAAAUGGCCAGGGUACCGUUAUCACUGCACCCGCUGAAAAGUCCAAGAGCUGCUGGGAUGGCAUAGGCCCCGGGCCGAAGGAUUGCUGGUUUAUCUACUGCUACAUUAUUACCUGCUGGAUUCCGCCUCCUAUUCUGUCCUUCUGUGGUAUCCGCACACCCGAUCAGCAACGUGCAUGGCGCGAAAAGAUGGGCUUGCUUAGUAUCAUCGCCUAUGAAAUGGCUGCAGUCGGUUUCAUCACCUUCGGGUUCACGGAGACCGUUUGUGGCACUCCCCCCAACCGGUUCUGGCAAGGCGCCAUCGGCACAGAAUCGGUCAUCAUCCAUGGUUAUGACUACGACUUCUCUCACUUCAGCCACCCAGCGGCAGGCAACAUGUUUAAUGGGCAGACCAACCCGUUAGACGAGGGCGGGUGGAACUUGGCUCAGAAUGAUGCCAGUUUCAUGUUCCAGAUCACGAAUGAGAACUGCCAAGGAAUUAUCACGAAGGCUAGCGGCUCCAGUAUCACCGGUGAUAAUGGCAACUUGGAUUGGUACUUCCCUUGCAACAUUUUCAAUCCGCACUCCUCUGCUACCAACACGUCCCAGUACACCAGUUCCCAGAAUUGCCAUGUUUCUAGUCAGGCUCGUCAAGGACUGCAGCAAAUGUCAACGCAAGGGCAGGUCUACUAUGACUGGAAUGAUCUCAAUGACCCUUCGCGUAACUUGGCUGUAUUCGAGUCGUCUGUUCUGGACCUCGAUCUUUUGAACUGGCUAAGCAGAGAUCAGGUGAACUAUCCUGACCUCUGGGACCAGAUGAAGAAUGCCGAUGGGACGUAUAACGGCAAAGAUUUGUCAAUGUGGUUCCAGCGCACCGGACAACACCAGAUCGGCAAGUGUCUUGAAGACACCAUUCUCGUCGGCUUUAUCGAUAGCGACAGUAUCGGCUGUGUCGCUUCUGAGGUCGUCCUGUAUCUCUCACUCGUCUUCAUUAUUGGUGUUGUGUCUAUCCGUUUCUUCAUGGCUGUCUUGUUCUCUUGGUUCUUCUCCUGGAAGCUUGGCAAUUUCCCUCGGGAAACUUACGAGCAACGCAUGGCGCGUUCGGAACAGAUUGAAGCAUGGUCGAAUGAUAUCUACAGGCCUGCUCCCAGUGAAUAUCGCCCCAAUGUCAGCAAGACUGGCCUUCGCUUUGGCAAGAACAAGAAGGGAAUACUCCCCACCCAAUCUCGAUUCACCCCGCAUGAGCAACCCAAAGGCGCUUCGCCUCGGCCGACGACCGUGUACUCGGAGCUAAAAGGAGGAGGUAACUCUCGUCCCGUCACGACUUAUGGUAUGCACGAUGUGCCAUGGAAGAGGCAGACAACCUACUCGAUUAACACGAAGAGCAGCAAGGCCAGCCCCCCUGAGACUCCCUUCUCCCGUCAAUCCAAGAGUACCACGUCCUUCGGCGAUGGCCUCAUGCGUGCAUCUCGCGCCGGCUUUAACGAGAAUCCCUGUCCAUUCCCGCUGCACAAUGUCGUUCCUCAGCCCCCUCCCGAUUACGAACCCUUCAACUUCCCACUUGCGCAUACUAUUUGCCUCGUCACCGCUUAUUCCGAGUCUAUUGAGGGUCUUCGCACGACGCUGGAUUCGCUCGCUACUACAGACUAUCCCAACAGUCACAAGCUUAUCCUUGUCAUCGCCGACGGUGUCGUCAAGGGUGCUGGCAACGAUAUGACCACGCCUGAUAUCUGCCUAACCAUGAUGAAGGAGUUCAUCAUCCCCCCUGACGAGGUCGAAGCCCAUUCCUAUGUCGCCAUUGCCGAUGGCCACAAGCGCCACAACAUGGCCAAGGUCUACGCUGGAUUCUACGACUACGAUGACAACAGUGUUGAGCGUACUAAGCAGCAGCGGGUGCCCAUGGUUGUCGUUGCCAAGGUCGGCAACCCGCUCGAACGCGGUGAAGCGAAGCCUGGCAACCGUGGCAAGCGUGACAGUCAGAUUGUCCUCAUGGCCUUCCUCCAGAAGGCCAUGUUCGAUGAGCGGAUGACGACAUUCGAGUAUGAGUUCUUCAACUCGGUCUGGCGCGUGACGGGUGUCAGUCCAGAUCGGUACGAACUUGUGCUGUGUGUCGAUGCAGAUACGAAGAUUUUCCCGGAUUCACUUACGCGCAUGGUAUCUUGCUGUGUGGUUGACGUGGAAAUUAUGGGUUUGUGCGGUGAGACAAAGAUUGCGAACAAGAGCGACAAUUUCGUCACCAUGAUGCAAGUCUUCGAGUACUACAUUUCUCACCACAUGACAAAGGCCUUUGAAGCUAUGUUCGGUGGUGUGACCUGUUUGCCUGGUUGUUUCAGCAUGUAUCGCAUCAAGGCGCCGAAAGGCGACUCCGGCUACUGGGUUCCCAUUCUUGCCAAUCCCGAUAUUGUCGAGCACUACUCUGAGAACGUGGUCGACACCCUGCACAAGAAGAACUUGCUCUUGCUCGGUGAAGAUCGUUACCUGACGACCCUGCUGCUCAAGACGUUCCCUCGCCGCAAGAACAUGUUCUGCCCCCAGGCUGUCUGCAAGACCAUUGUCCCUGAUACCUUCCGCGUCCUCCUAUCCCAGCGUCGCCGCUGGAUUAACUCGACAGUCCAUAACUUGCUUGAGCUUAUUCUUGUGCGCGACCUGUGUGGCACCUUCUGCUUCUCGAUGCAGUUCGUCGUUGGUAUGGAACUUGCUGGUACCUUGGUGUUGCCUGCCGCUAUCAGUUUCACUCUCUACCUCAUCAUCAUUUCAAUCAUUCCCGGUGGAGCGAACACGACCAUCCCGCUUGUCCUACUCGCUAUUGUCCUUGGUCUUCCUGGUGUCCUCAUCGUCGUUACGUCUCGCAAGAUUGCCUACAUGGGAUGGAUGGUGAUCUACCUGCUCUCCUUGCCCAUUUGGAACGGUCUUCUACCCGCGUAUUCGUUCUGGCAUUUUGAUGACUUCUCCUGGGGUCAGACACGUAAGAUCGCUGGUGACAAGGGCGGAGACCACAGUGACAAGGACGGAGAGUUCGACUCAUCGCAUAUUGUGAUGAAGCGAUGGGCUGAGUUUGAGCGGGACAGGCGUUGGAAGACCGGUAUGACGUCGCGCGACUCUACUUACGUGGAUAAGAGCAACCGCUACUCGAUGGCUUCUAAUUCCGAGGGACCAUUUGGUGUCGAGUCGUCGACCACCGAGUCUGUUCCCUACUCUAACUCCACCCGCCCGCGUCACGAUAGCAAUGCUCUCCUCAUGCUGCCUGCUCCGCUCGCCAUGAACAGGCAUGUCGCUUCUACUGCGUCUGCAUCGAGUGUUGGUCUUUCGCGAUCUAGCGAGGAUGCUUACGGAUCUGACAUGGGUUCAACAUCGAAUCAGCGACUUGUUCCCAGUCCGCAAGAUCAACUCGACUACCGCGAGUCCCCACCUCCCCGACACCCAGCCUUCGAGAACCAGGUUGCCAGGGCGGUGGGCAACAAUGGGGGUGUUCUCCGGAACUCCACCGUCGCCAGCCAGUAUCAGUCGGAGACGCACAACCCCUUCCGUCCCUCAGAGGCCCAUGUGGCUUCUUACGAAGACACCGAGUAUGGUACUGAGACUGAGGAGAUGGCACCGCAGCAGUAUAUCAACCGCCAGCAACGUGGUAUCAGUCUCUCCGACAACGGACCCGUUCCUGGUCCCGACGGUGUACGCCGGGUAGCUAAACCUGGUACCCGUCGGCCAUCAUCACAGGCGCCUCCUCAGAACCGGUACUCACGGUCUUCGCAGGCCUUCAACCUGCCGCCUGGAGCCGCGCCUCCUCAGCACGGAAGUGGGCAUGGGUUUUAGAGUAUGAAUGCUUUUAUACGGACAAUACGGACACACGUCUCCUCGUAAUGCGAACCUUGACUGUAUAGGUCCCCUUACUGGACAUCCUAACUUUACUUUGAUAUUUGGGUUCAAGUUGCUGCAGCGCAUUUGGAUGGAUUUGGAAUUCGAAGACGUUGGCGUGCUUCAAGAUGCCUCUUUAUAUUGCACAUUCUGGACUUUGCAUAAAAUAUGCUACGAUAUGAUACCUUACGAAACUCGUCUUCCCUUUCCUCCCCCUACUUCUUCCUUGUCCCUCGAACUUAGUACUUCCAUCAUCUAUUGACGCUUCGCCGGCACCAUCCAUCUGCCACAUUUUUGUGCUGAAUCGAGAAUUCUUCGCCCGUAGCAUCCUCGUUUAUUACUGCAAGCCGUUCAUGCAAUGC